AUGGCGGACUCUCUUACAAUACAGUCAACUCUCUCCGUCGUUUCAGGUCAGCUCUGUUUCGGCUCCCUGCACAACAUUUGGUUCGGCUCCUCUACUCCCUCCCAAGGCCUCCCGGUUGCUCCGACGCAACCAAGUGGCACGGUUCAAGCUCACAGCGUCAACUACAACGUCACCGCACAAAACGGGAUAUGGAAUGUCUUCAAACUUGUUGCUUCCGAGACAAGGGAUGCAGUAGCAUGGUUCGUGGCUCACGAGGAUAUCGAUCCUAGGCAGGAAGUCGAUAAGAUUCUCCGUAUAUCUGGCUCGCCUUAUGAACCAGAUCAUGGAAUUACGGUGAACAACGACGUUACUGCCCAGGCUGGAGUUUUCGUGGUCAAUCGUUAUGACUGGAGCUACUACGACAAACGUUGCUUUGAUGAGAUUGGUGAAGGCCAGCAAGAAGGCGAUGAUGAUGUGCUGGCAAACUCUAACUCCCUUGGUCUUGUUGACCGCUUUGUUGCGCAAGAAAUGGCCCAACGAUGGCAGGGCCAACGGCCAAGCCAACGAGACAGUGCAGAGCAUGGGAUCUGGUUAUACAUCCCCCAUGGAGAGUACAUGUUUGGUCGCUUUGGAUUCAAUGACACGCAAACUGCAGCAAGAUCAUUCCUGUUCUUCUCCGCAUGCACAGAGUUCACAAGGACAAGUUUCUUGGGUAUUCCAGGAACGCUGCGAGAAUAUCUGACGCACCAGGAGAGGUUUGAGCGCCAAUUGCGUGAGGGAGUUGACUUCUCAGGAAUGGAUAUAGCACAAGACAUGCUUUCCUGUCAAUAUGUUUCCCCGCCGCCAGCGAAUGAGCAGCUUGGCCCAUACGACCCAAGUGAAUAUAUUCUGAAAGAACAAGAUAUUGAAUCAUUGCGAGAUUACCGCGAAAAUGCCUCCAUCGAGGGCGCAGAACCAACUAUCCAUGGGUUCAUCGAUCCAUGGAAGCAGCCACUAUUUAAUCUUCUUAACGAGAUGGUACUCAGUUAUCUCGAACAUUUCAUCCUUCCUCAUCUUGGAGGUGAUAGUAUGGCAGAUAUGGCCGAGACGUUAUUUCCUGAUUAUGAAAGGGAUAGCAGACCUAUCAGCCUAGACGUUGCGUCGUAUCGACACUUCACUCAGCCUGACCUAAACCCGAUUUCGGACUUUGACAUGUCUCGCGUGAGCGUUCGUCUUCGACAGUUCCUCGAGUCUCACAGCCAGGAUAAAUCCACGGUCUUUAGAGACGAUGCAAUAAGAGGAAUCUGCCGGGUUUUGGGCUAUAUAUUUACUGAGAUAUUGGAGUUAGCUAACAAUGUGGCUUGUGAUUUUCAGCAUAAUAAGAUCCUGCCGUGCCAUGUUCGUCGAGCUGUUUUGCUCGAUGAGGAUCUUUUUCGUUUGAUGUGUUUCUCAAAGGUCCUAUGGGAAGGGAGCCUGUAA